GUCCCCAUCACAGAAUCAGAGAGAGAGAAAAAAGACUUCAAAGUUAGUUAGAGAGAGAGAGAGAGGAUUCGAAGUACGUAGUUCACGAUGGAGGUUCACAAGACUCGUCUCCUUCGAGAUUAGGGUUUAACAGUCGGUUCUGAAUGCGGUGAUCAUUUGUCUCUCUCUCUCUCUGUCUCCCGUUUUUUCCAGUCUUCUGUUCGAUGGAGAACUCUUUCUCUCUCUUGGGCAACGUAGAAGGCGACGCCUCCGCUUUCCUCGAGCGCCUUGCCGCGGAAGCCAAGGACAAGAAACAGAAGAUCAGGAACGCGCAGCAGUACUCUGGGAGAGCUGAAAACGGAGAAGGAAGGGGAGGCCAAGGUCAUGGCUCCGUGAGGUCCAGUAGGAAUAACGGUCAGGAAUCCUGGAAUGGCUACGGUUAUCAAGGCGAUAACCGAAGGUACAAUGCCUAUCAGCAGAAUAACGGAGUAAGUUAUCAAAAUUCUAGUAGAAGUAAUGAUGGCUACUGGAGGAAUAAUGGAGGGGGUCAUGGCUACCAACAGGUCUAUGGGCGUGGGAAUGGGGGUGCCAGUGGAAGAGUCCGUAGUGCUGUCAGGGCAUCAAAUGGAUAUAAUGGGGCUGAGAAGAAGAGUCAAAUUGUUGAGGGCGAUAAACAAGUUGAAAACCAGGAGCAAGGAGGGGAUACCGGUGGUGGUUGGGAAAAGGUCACAAAGAAGGAACAGAGAAAUGGGAACUCAAGCUACCGAGGAGGAGGAGGUCAUGGUGGAGGUAAUAAUGGUAAUGGUUAUGGGAGGAACAACCCCGGGGCAAAGGAGGCUUCAGGGAGUAGCGGGAACCAUUCAACCAAUGGUGACAAUGACAUUGGGAAUGUUGCUGCAGCUACUCAAGUACCAAAAGAUGAUGCCCAAGAUUAUUCUGGAAAGAAGGUUGAAGAUGAAAAGGCAGAGGAAGCCAGAGAAAAUGUUCAAGAGGAAACGAAAGAGCAAAGAAAAAUCAGGAUCCAGAAGGAAAAGGAAAGGAAGGAAGAGGAAGAGAAAGAAAAAGCAAGAAAGAAGGAAAGGGAGGAAGAAAAUAAGAAAAGGACCCUUAAGCAGUAUGAGGAGAAGCUCCUCAAAAAUAGGAAAGUUCUUGAGGAGAAGGUUCUGAAAACCGAGGAAAGGAAAGUUACCCUUGACAAGGAUUUUGAGUCAAUGCAGCUGGUUGGGAAAAAGAAGGAAGAUAGUCCCUCCAUCAAUAAGGACACGGAGAAUGGCAAGCUUAAAAAGAAGGUUGACAAAGUUCGCAAGUCAGUGAGCAUUGAUGAGUUCCUGAAACCAGCUAAGGUUGAUUCGUCCCAACAAGCCCCUAAACGUGCGAACGGGGAUAGAUUCCAACCACCAGCUGGUGGCCGUAAGGAACAUGUUGGCAAUGUCAAUAGCCGCGGUGGUGGAGGACAAGGUUUCCAAGGCCGUGGCCGCGGUGGAUACCACGGAGGAAAUUCGUCCCAACAAGCCACUGAACGUGCGAGCGGAGAUAGAUUCCAACAACCGGCUGGCAGCCGUAAGGAACACGUUGGCAAUGUCAAUAGCCGUGGUGGCGGAGGACAAGGUGGGUUUCCAAGAAGAUCUUCCGCUGAUCCUACAGUUGUAGAUGCUCCCACCAAAGAGCCCGUGAAACCGCCUGUUCCUGUUCCUGCAUUUGAUGACUCUGCUCAGUUUCCUCACCUGGGUGCACCCGCUGUAAAGUAGUGAUUUUCUGUUGACCUCUGUUGUUAGGCUUUAGAAUCCCCGGCCUUUUUGUCAUCUCGUAAUAAUUAAUUACUUAUUCCAAUUAUUCCGGUCUACCAAAUAGAUUUUUUGGCGAAAUAAUGUGGUUUAUUAUUCGAGCGAAGUUACGGAAUUUUGUUAAUUGCAAUAGCCUCGCCGGAGCAG